UUGAUGUUUUGUACACAACUUUCCUAAGAUCAGCUGCGACUGGAGACAGCACAGGUUAGAUAGCCAACAGAGAGGGGAUUGUUGAUUGCUGUGACGUGGGAAAUAGAGCAGACGAAGAUGAUAAAUUUUGUGUAUUGUGUGACAACAGUGACGCUGUUCUCCGCAGCAGCGUUGGCUGACUACGGACCUAGUGAUGAUGUCAUUGAACUGACGCCAAACAAUUUCCACAAGACAGUGGUGAUGAGCGAUGAACUGUGGCUGGUGGAGUUUUACGCCCCAUGGUGUGGUCACUGUAAAAAUUUGGAACCAGAAUGGAAAAAAGCUGCUACAGCAUUAAAGGGUGUGGUCAAGGUAGGAGCAGUCAACGCAGACGAGCACAGGACACUGGGUGGUCAGUAUGGUGUCCAGGGAUUCCCCACUAUUAAAGUCUUUGGAGCGGACAAAUACAAACCUGAAGCUUACAACGGUGGGCGUCAGAGCAAAGACAUCAUUGAGCAAGCUCUUAACCAGGCCAGAGCAAUGGUGAUGCAGAGAGUGUCAGGGAAAGGCGGAAGUAAGAGUGGAGGUUCAGGCGGGGGUAGUGGCAAGAAGAGUGACCCGGCUGACGUUAUUGAGCUGACCGACUCAAACUUCCAGAAGCUUGUUCUGGACAGUACAGACAUCUGGAUGGUGGAAUUCUUCGCCCCCUGGUGUGGUCACUGUAAGAAUCUUGCUCCUCAUUGGGAACAGGCAGCCACUGAGCUGAAAGGGAAAGUGAAACUAGGUGCCCUGGAUGCCACAGUUCAUACUGUCACAGCUGGCAGAUACGGGAUUCAAGGAUUCCCAACAAUUAAGAUCUUCCCUGCGGGGGUGAAGGAUGGUUCAGCUGAGGAUUACCAGGGAGGGAGAACUGCCUCUGACAUUGUGCGUCAGGGUGAGGACUUGGCUGCUGAGAAUGUCCCUCCCCCAGAGAUCAUACAGCUAACGGAACAGAAGACUCUGACAGAUGCCUGUGAUGAACACCAGUUGUGCGUGAUUGCUGUGUUACCUCACAUCCUGGACUGCCAAUCAAAAUGCAGGAAGGAUUAUAUCGACCUUCUGACACAGCUUGGAGCCAAAUACAAGAAGAAGAUGUGGGGGUGGGUGUGGGCAGAGGCCGGAUCUCAGAUGGACUUGGAGGAAUCUCUGGGCAUUGGGGGAUUCGGUUACCCAGCUAUGGCUGCUGUCAACUCUAGGAAAGCUAAAUUUGCCCUGCUCAAGGGAUCAUUCAGUGAACAAGGCCUUAAUGAGUUUCUCAGGGAUUUGUCAUUUGGUCGGGGGUCUACCGCUCCACUGAAGAACGCCAAACUACCCACAGUAGUCAAGACAGAACCAUGGGACGGCAAAGACGGAGUGUUGGAAGUUGAAGACGAUAUAGAUCUCAGUGAUGUAGAUUUGGAUGACUUAGAUGAUGCUGAUGAUAAAGGGAAGAAAACAGAGUUGUGAUUUCACGCAGAUUCUUAAAAAAAUAUAUAUAUAUAAAAUUAUCUGUAUGAAAACAGAAAAUUACUGACAAUUUAUCAUUUUGUAAAUAUGCUUCACCUUGCAGUGUAUUAUGGGCAGAUGAUAUGGGUAAUGAUGUGACUGUUAGUUUGUGACAUUUUUUUUUUCUUUAUUUUCUCUUGAAUGUAGUAGAUUUUCUCCUUUUGCUUUGAUGGCAAUGCUGAAUUACAUUUCAGCAUCUGUAAUUUUCAAUAUAAUGUUAAUGAAAAUGUAUCAAGGUUUGUAUAAAAUUUCUGUCACAUGGAGUGUAUGUGGGUGACAUCUUGUGUGGUGUAUAUUAAACUGAUGUGGACAAGAAAUACUGGUUACUGAUUCUAAGAAUAGCUGGAACAUGAUUGGUCAGUAGCUGUCAUAUGACUAGAGGCAGCAGAUACGGUGUUUGAUGGUUUUGAUUGGUUGAAAUGUGGUGACCCUUUUGUCAGUUGUAUCACUCAUAUAUGUAGAUUGUAUGUACCAAAUAAAAUAAUACAUUUGUUUGGUACAGGUUACUUAGUACGAUUUUUAAGCAUUUUUCCACACGACAGCUAAUUCACAAUCAGCCGAGUGGCACGAUCUAGAUCAAAGUACAAAAAACAAGGUUGGAAACAAGGCCGUUAGAGGCCGGUUGUUCACAGUAAGUGACUUAAAGCACUCUUCCCCAACAACAGAUUGGAUGAAUAUGUAGGAUUUGAAGUGAAUUGUUCCAGAGAUACUAAAGUAGUACUCCCGGGGGUGAGGGGUGAGGAAAGGGGUAAAGAAAAAAACGGUGCACAGCCUUAAUUCUUGAUGUUCCGUUUAUGUUUAUAUAUUUAUUGUGUAAAAAAAAAAUUAAAAAAA